AUGUCAAUUGUUUCAUUAACAGGUAUAGAGGUGCUCAAUAAUCCAACCAGGUUUACUGAUCCAUAUGAAUUCCAGAUCACAUUUGAAUGUUUGGAAAAUUUGAAGGAUGAUUUGGAAUGGAAGUUAACAUAUGUUGGAUCAUCAGAUUCGUUAGAUCAUGACCAAGAAUUGGAUUCUAUAUUGGUUGGUCCUGUUCCAAUUGGAGUAAAUUCAUUUUUGUUCAAAGCCGAUGCACCAAGUCCUGAUUUAAUACCUGCCAGUGAAUUAGUAAGUGUUACGGUAAUAAUUUUGAGUUGUUCAUAUAAUGAUAGAGAAUUUGUUAGAGUUGGAUAUUACGUAAAUAAUGAAUAUGAUUCAGAAGAGUUAAGAGAGGCUCCACCCGCUAAAGUUCAAGUAAAUCAUGUGGUCAGAAAUAUCUUAGCUGAAAAACCAAGAGUGACGAGAUUUAAUAUUCCUUGGGAUAAUAAUGAAAAUCAAGAAGCACCACCUCCUCAAGUAGAAAUUUCACAAGAGGAAAUAGAGAAAGAAGAAGAGGAAGAUGAAGAGGAGGAAGAAGAAGAAGAAGACGAAGACGAAGAUGAAGCAGACGAAGAUGAAGAUGCUGAAGAAGAUGAAACUGGAACAAUAAAUGAUAAAGAUGAAGAAAUAGAUAUUGAAUCAGAGGAAGAACUAGUAAGUACGCCAAAAGAUUAA